UAUUGUUUUUGAUUUAAAUUUAUAUAAUUUUUCAUAUGUGUGGCAAUAACUCAGUAGAAUAUAAACAUCAAAAUAUCAGGAUAGUUACUUGUCAUAGAAAAAAAUUGAAAAAUGGUGCUGGAAAGUACAAUGAUCUGCGUGGAUAGCAGUGAUUAUAUGCGAAAUGGUGAUUUCCUUCCUACCCGGAUGGCAGCCCAACAGGAUGCUGUUAAUCUCAUAUGCCACUCAAAGUCUCGCUCCAAUCCUGAAAACAAUGUCGGAGUUCUAACACUAGCUAAAACUGAAGUGUUGGUGACUCUGACCUCAGACAGUGGGCGUAUUCUAACUAAACUUCACCAGGUGCAACCAGAGGGACAAAUCAAUCUUGUGUCUGGGAUACGCAUUGCUCAUUUGGUACUGAAACACAGACAAGGACGUAACCAUAAGAUGAGAAUUGUAGCCUUUGUUGGCAGCCCAGUACAAGAGGAUGUUAAAGAUCUUGAAAAAUUGGCAAAAAAACUGAAGAAAGAAAAAGUGAAUAUUGACAUCAUCAAUUUUGGAGAAGAGAAAGACAAUACAGAGAAACUCACUGCCUUUGUCAAUACAAUUAAUGGCAAAGAAGGAACAAGCUCUCACUUAGUGACUGUACCACCAGGCCCUGUGCUGUCAGAUGCUUUGUUGUCAUCGCCAGUGAUCGUGGGAGAGGAUGGCCAAGGUGCAGUACCAGGCAUGGGUGGUGGCUUUGAGUUUGGAGUUGAUCCCAAUGAAGAUCCUGAACUAGCUCUGGCUCUACGUGUCUCUAUGGAGGAGCAGCGUGCCAGACAGGAAGGGGAUGCAGGCAAGGCCCAGCAGCCCUCAGCAAUGGAGGUCACACCUGCGCCGGCUUCAGCCGAAGCCAACAGUGAGGAAGCGCUAUUGGAACAAGCUAUGGCGAUGUCCAUGCAGCAGGAGAGUGAGGAGCCUACCCCCAGCCUGCCUGUUAACUACAGCUCUAUGAGUGAAGAGGAGCAGAUAGCACUUGCAAUGCAGAUGUCAAUGGCAGGAGGAGAUGAAAGUCCUGCUGAGUCACCAAUGGAAACUGAUGAAGGUGCAACCCCAGCUAAACAGGAGCAGGAGGAGGACUACAGUGAAAUGAUGAAUGACCCAGCUUUUCUACAAAAUGUUCUGGAAGGCCUUCCGGGUGUCGACCCCCAAAGUGAGGCUGUUCGUUCUGCUAUGGGAUCCCUUGCCGAUUCAAAUAAGGAUAAUAAAAAAGACUCAAAAGAUAAAGCUGAUAAAAAAUAAUACAAGUUUGAUUAGGAUAUAUGUAUAAAAGACUACAACAGGAUCUCUAUACCUUUAUUCUUUGGAUAAUUAAAGAGAUCAAAAAACAUUAUCGUAAAUUAUGCGUAUGUUACAUAUAUAAUUAUAUAUGUAAUACCCACUUGAAAAAUCUGAAUGAUGUGAAGGAACAAAUGCAGUAAAUUGCUUACUUGUGUUUUUCUGAUAAAAAAUGCACAUAAGACAAAUCUUAUUGUAAUUUGAGAAUAGUAUUGUAUUGUGAAGAAGUCGACAAUGUUUGUAAAAUAAAGUAUGUAUUGUAAACAA